AUGGAGACUGUUGUGCUAGCUGCUGCAAGCAGCUCUGUCGACGUCGGCCCUGCUCUGCUGCUGCUGUUAGCGAACAACAAGCACCGUGAGCGCCCCGAGCGCCCCAUCAUCCCCUCAAUCCGCUUCGUGUUGAGCAGCAAGUCUGAUGUCAACUGCGUCAAGGACUUUAGGUUCGAGAGAGCGGCUAUCUACCAGCUCGUGGAGCUAUUUGCGCUACCUGACUCGCCGCAGAAGAAGACCGCCGCCGCAACAGAGGGUAACCUCUCUGUUGCUCAGUACCAUGAGCACCAGCAGGCAAAGCGCGACGCGCUCGCUGCAAAGGCCGCGUCGGGGACAACUCAGUCGGAGAUUGUCCUCGAAGGUUCCUCUGUAGUCAACGACGCCGUUGACUAUGGGAGUGACGACGUAGAGAUGGAAGAGGGCGAGGCCUCUUCCAACAAACGCAAGGAGUCUAUCGACAACGACUCGGACGCUUCGAGCUCGAAGCGUUCGCGCGGCGAGAGCGAAACUCCGCUCUCCGCUGCUGGGGCUUUAAGCUCCCCGCGUGAGGUGGCGUCUUCAAGUUCUCCGCGCGCUGCUCAGGCAGCGCGCGAUCCGUGGAUGCCGUCUGCGUCAGAGAUCGCAGACCAUGUGGGCAACACCGUGCCUCCAAAUGAAAUUCCGCUGUACGUAUGCAGCGGGAUCCACGAUGAUGCUGUGGCGGAGGAGCAGCACUUUGACCCGUUAACGAAUCAAAGGGCCGAUUACUAUAUCGGGCUCUUUCACGAGCUCCGAUACUUCUCCAGCAAGAAGACCUCUUCUCGCAGCAAAGUGCCUGAGUGGCAGGCACUUUGUCAAAGUUGGAAUGCUUUUGUUGAGAACUUCAACAAGAAGACGGCUGCUUACCGUGAGCGGGUUAAGCAUGCCCGUGAGCGCUUCGAGACAUUCUCGACGCGCGGGAGGCUGGAGCAGCUCCACAGAUCCUCUGUGGACGCUGGUAUUCCAUGCGCUGUACCCGAAGGCCAUCAGUGCACGUUGUGUCUUCCGGGUGCGGCGCGCUUGAGCGACCGCGACCUAAACGGGUACACGACGAUUCGUGUACCUGCGAGUCUCAAGGAUCUCCGUGCCAAGUUCUUGGCACGUGAGGAACGCGACGGUCGUGGGGCCUCGGGCGCUGUAGGUGACCACAGCGCUCGCACUACCUUCGCGUCGGCAGUGCGUGGUGAGCUUCGUACUCCCUCACCAUUUCCGGAACGUCCUGCAGCAGGACGUCCCGUGGCUCCCAUGUAUCUUGGUGGGGCGGAAACCCUCUCCAACGAAUACGAUAACGAACCGGCUGCCGGUUCAUUUUCGGGAUACUAUUGUUCACAAUACGCUCAACAAUCCAGCGUGUUGAGCCGCGGGCGUCGCGGAUCGGAGGCGGCGGUGGUGGGAACACGCCCCGGGAGCGGGUCGCUGCUGUGGAGCAGCUUCGCCGCUCUGAAGCAGGAGAUGGCGACCCUGAGAGCUCAAGUUGCUCAGGCCUCGCAGACCGCGUCGGACAUCUCUGCCGACGUGGGAGGUCGCGUCGCACGCUUGGCCCAGCGCGUGAACGCGCUGGAGCAGAGGUUCGCUCCCGCUGGGGCUUCCGCUUCGGGCCAGCCGAGCUAG